AUGGGGCUUGGGGUUUGGGGUUUGGGGUUUGGGGUUUGGGGAUUUCGGGUUCUGGGUUUCGGGUUUCGGGUUCCGGGUUCUGGGUUCUGGGGUCGGGGGUCCAGGGUCCGGGGUCAGAGGUCCGGGGUCCGAGGGUCCGAGGGUCCCGGGGUGCCGGGUUUCGGGGUUCAUGGUUCCGGGUUCCGGGUUCCGGGGUUUCGGGUUUUUAGGGUUUCGGGUUUUUGGGGUUUCGGGUUUCUGGUUUCGGGUUUCGGGUUUGGGGUUUCGGGUUUGAGGUUUCAGGGUCUGGUUUUCGGGGUCGGGGGUCCGUGGUCAGAGUUCCGGGGGUCUAGGGGUCGGGGGUCCGAGAGUCGGGGUUCGGGGUUCGGGGUUCGGGGUUAUGGUUUUGGAGUUUGGGAUUUAGGGGUUGAUGGUUUCGGUUUCGUGUUUGGGGUUUGGGGUUCUGGUUCGGGGUUCCGGAUUCCGGGUUCCGGGUUCGGGGUUCCAGGGUUCGAUUUUCGGGGUCCGUGGUCAGGGUUCCGGGGGUCUGGGGGUCGGGGGUCCGAGAGUCGGGGUUCGCGGUUCGGGGUUCGCGGUUCUGGUUUUGGAGUUUGGGGUUUUGUGUUUGGGAGCUUCGUUUACAUAUCCGCUGCGUCUUAUCUCGUCGAGGAAGGCUCGAGGAGUUCGAAUCGUGCUCGCACAGCUUCAAUCGACCUCUCCUUGGGCGCUCGUCCAUCAUUUGGGGUUUGGGGUUUGCGGUUUGCGGUUUGGGGUUUGGGGUAUGGGGUAUGGGGUUUGGGGUUUAGGGUUCUGGGUUUCGGGUUCCGGGUUCCCAGUUCCGGGUUCCGGGUUUAG